GGUUUAUCGACGCUUCAAUUCUUUUGGAAAAUGUCGAUUUUGGCAGAGCCGAAGAGAAAACAAAAAAUUAGUAUUGAUCCCCAAAAUUUGACAUGGAAAAAUGACGAUCAGAAACUGUCAAAAAAGCUUAUGGAGAAAAUGGGAUGGUCCGAAGGAGAUGGCCUGGGAAGAAAUCGUCAAGGAAACGCAGACUCUGUGAAGCUCAAGGCAAAUACUUCUGGAAGAGGACUUGGUGCUGACAAAAUGGCUGAUUAUGAUUCUACAUGGAUUUCUCAUCACGACGAUUUCGCCGAUCUUUUGGCAGCUUUGAACAAAAAUAAAGAACAGGAACCAGAACAAACGGAAGAAGAAAAGAAUGCAGCUGCGGAGAAGAUUUCCAUUGAAUUGAAAAGCAAAUCGAUUAGGAGAAGAAUUCAUUAUCAAAAAUUCACUCGCGCCAAGGAUACAAGUAACUACAGCGAUAGCCACAAAAAAGGAAUUCUUGGAUAUGGAAGACUCAAAUCUGACAAUGCCGAAGAGAAAAUCGAAGAAAAAACUGAAAAUUCAUCUGUAAAAUCUGAUAGUUCUGAUAGCCAAGCUGACAGUCAAGAGAAAAAGGAGGGAAAUAACACUGUCAGCACCCUAUCCGUCGGUGACUAUUUCGCUGCAAAAAUGGCUGCUUUGAAGGCAAAACGGGAGGCUGCAGCUGCUAAUCAGACAGAAGUGAAAAUGGAAAUAAAGACUGAAGUGGAGGAAGAAGAAUCGGAUGAAGAAAAAGCUCGUCGAAAAGCCGAAAAAAAGGAGAGAAAACGAUUGAGACGAGAACAAAGAGAUAAGGAAGAAACUCUGGAAACAGUUGAAACUAUUCUGGAAGUAAAACAAGAAGUUAAGGAAGAAAUUAUUGAUGAAGAGUUUGAUGAAGCUGAACGUAAACGACUGAAAAAGGAAAAGAAACGUCUGAAGCGACUCCGCGAGCAGCAACAACCGGAAAAUGAAGGAGCUGAAGGUGGGGAGGCAGAUGAAGAAGAAAUUCCAAGAAAAAGAAAGAAGCACACCGAAGAUGAGCACUAACUUCCAUACCGACUAAAUUGCCAAAUUUUUUGUUUUCAAUUUCUAUUGUUACUGUUUUCCGUUUUAUUGUUGUACUACUCGUAUACUCUGUUUCUUUUUUCCUUCUGCUACACUUGAUAGAUAAAACAAACGUUUUCUUG